GGCUCUCUGGGGCAGUAUGGGUGUGUGGGUGCAGCUCCUGUUCCUCAGUGUGGCCUUUGUGGCCCUCAGCGCACCCCAGAAAUCUGAAACAGAAGUCCCCAUAGCCAACAGCACCAGCCCCAGCCUGCUGCCCAGCGCUGGGGUCUCCACCCCGGCGACAGCGGCCCCUCCCUCAGUGCCGGUCAACACUACCGCCCUCACCAGCACCGGCGUCUCCGUGCCCAGCAGCCCGGCAGCCGGGGCGCCCAGCAGCAGUGUUCCGGCCCCCGUUCCUACCAGCACCCUGCCCUCCACUGGGGAGAACGGCACAGAGGCCGAUGAGCCACAGACCCCGUCACCCCCUCCGUCCACCUGGGCGCCCCCCGUCAACACCCCCUCUGCGCCCCCUGCUGGACAGACCACGACACAGACCAUCACCACUCCAGGUGGUGACAGUGGCACAGAUGAGACACCGAUCAUUGCUGUGAUGGUGGCCGUCUCCUCCCUGCUGGUCAUCGUGUUCAUCAUCAUCGUGCUAUACAUGCUCAGGUUUAAGAAGUACAAGCAGGCUGGGAGCCACUCCAAUUCCUUCAGGCUGCCCAACGGCCGAGCGGACGACACAGAGCUCCAGAGCAUGCCACUAUUGGCUCGCUCUCCCAGCACUAACAGGAAGUACCCGCCCCUUCCUGUGGACAAGCUGGAGGAGGAGAUUAAUCGCCGCAUGGCUGACGACAACAAGCUCUUCAGAGAGGAGUUUAACGCCCUGCCCGUGUGUCCCAUCCAGGCCUCCUGUGAUGCAGCGUCCAAAGAGGAGAACAAGGAGAAGAACAGAUACGUCAAUAUCCUGCCCUAUGACCACUCGCGGGUCCACCUCGCACCGCUAGAGGGCGUCCCAGACUCGGACUUCAUCAACGCCUCCUACAUCAAUGGUUACCAGGAGAAGAACAAGUUCAUCGCGGCUCAAGGCCCGAAGGAGGAGACCGUCAAUGACUUCUGGAGGAUGAUUUGGGAACAGAACACUGCUACCAUCGUCAUGGUGACCAACCUGAAGGAGCGCAAAGAGUGUAAAUGUGCACAGUAUUGGCCAGACCAGGGCUGCUGGACCUAUGGUAAUAUCCGUGUGUCCGUGGAGGAUAUGAUGGUCCUGGUGGAUUAUACCAUCCGGAAGUUCUGCAUCCAGCAGGUGGGUGACGUGUCGGGCAAGAAACCCCAGCGCCUGGUCACUCAGUUCCACUUCACCAGCUGGCCGGACUUCGGGGUCCCCUUCACUCCGAUAGGCAUGCUCAAGUUUCUCAAGAAGGUCAAGACCUGCAACCCCCAGUAUGCUGGGCCCAUCGUGGUGCACUGCAGCGCGGGCGUUGGCCGCACCGGGACGUUCAUCGUGAUCGACGCCAUGCUGGACAUGAUGGGGGCGGAGCGCAAGGUGGACGUGUUCGGCUUCGUGACGCGGAUCCGGGCGCAGCGCUGCCAGAUGGUGCAGACAGACAUGCAGUACGUCUUCAUCUACCAAGCCCUCCUGGAGCACUACCUGUACGGCGACACGGAGCUGGAGGUCACCUCCCUGGAGACGCACCUGGCCAAACUCUACUCCCACACACCUGGGGUCAGCUGCAACGGGCUGGAGGCGGAGUUCAAGAAACUGACCUCCAUCAAGAUCCAGAACGACAAGAUGAGAACCGGGAACCUGCCAGCCAACAUGAAGAAGAACCGGGUCCUGCAGAUCAUUCCCUACGAGUUUAACAGAGUCAUCAUCCCAGUGAAGAGGGGCGAGGAGAACACGGACUACGUUAAUGCCUCCUUCAUCGAUGGGUACAGGCAGAAGGACUCGUACAUCGCCAGCCAGGGCCCUCUGCAGCACACCAUCGAGGACUUCUGGAGGAUGAUCUGGGAGUGGAAGAGCUGCUCCAUUGUCAUGCUGACCGAGCUGGAGGAGAGAGGCCAGGAGAAGUGUGCCCAGUACUGGCCCAGCGAUGGGGUCCUGCACUGCGGAGACGUGGCCAUUGAGCUGAAGAGAGAGGAGGAGUGCGAGAGCUACACUGUGAGGGACCUGCUGGUCACCAACAAC